AGUGUGUCUCUUCACGCUUCGCCCGCGGCCACGAUACCCUUAAAGCUGCACUCUGUUCGCAACGCACAAGAGCUGUCGCGACGCACGCGGCCAGCCCACGCCGCCGCUGCAUUCAUUUGCUGAGUUGCUCUCCAGUGCUCUCCCCACGGCAAACGCAUCGCCCGUCCCGCAUUCGUCGCAUAGCGGCACCGCAACACCCUGCAAUGGCCGAGUUCGGCGUCCAGAAGCCCUGGGAGCAACCCCCAAAGACGAACGCCUCCAAGAGCCGCAGCCGCACAAAGCGCCAACGGAAGCAAAAAGCCCUCAGGAUCGAGGCCGGCACGAACCUGCCGCUGGUCUGGGCCCUGCCGGACGGCGUCGCGCCGCCGGAACUCUCAGAGGACGUCGCGGCUGUAAUUAGAGCGCGCCUCGGCUUCGUGCCGACGAAUCUGCUGCGAGUGCACACGAUAGAACAAAGGCCGGCCGUGCUGGAGUUGUAUCCGUUGAAGCGGCAGCCCGUCGAGGAGCGGGCGCCGCGCCGGCGAGGUGCCAGUGGCCCGGUGCAGCCCUGGCCGACGACGUACUGGUUCGUCGACGAAUUGCUGUCGGCGCGCAUCGCGGCGCUCGAGGCGCGGGGCUGGGUCGGGCGGCUGGAGCGACGGUUGAAUGGAGAUGAAAACGCGUUGCGAGCGGCGGAGGCGGCUCAUAUCAAUGCGGGUCUGGAGCGGUGGGCGGCCCUCACGGAGACUGAUAGGCAAUUAGCCGAAGAAAGAGGAUGGCAGAAGGCUUUGCGCGACGUGGGCAUCGCAGGAAUUAAAUCGGCGCGGAAGGUGAAGUGUUUACAUGCGCAAUAUGCGCAUUUCAUCGGCGCGGCCGUCGUCUCGCCCGUCGGCCGGUGGAUCGCCGAGCUGCUUGAUGACGGCAUGGAUUCGAAAGAGGCGCUGGUUGAAGAGUGCGUCGUUGCGGUCAUCGAUGACGCGCCGAAGCUGGGCGGGCGCGACCGCGCGCACAAGCGUGGAACCGGAUAAGAUUGUGUGAAU